AUGGCGGCGUCACCCCUCACUCUCGACACGACGGCUACGUCGUACCCUCGUGACCAUGCCAAAAUCGAGAACCCAAAGGACACGCCCUACUUUCUCGACAAUGAGUUCCACAACUCGACCACAGACAAGUUCAUCGACCUCCAUGACCCGGCGACCAACAACCUCGUCACUCGCGUUCCCGAGCUGACCAUCCCGGAGCUCGAGGCCGCCGUGGCGUCGGCCAAGCGUGCCUUCCCGGGCUGGAGGGACACCUCGGUCAUCGCCCGCCAGCGCAUCAUGUUCAACUUUGUCGGCCUCAUCAAGGAGCAUUGGGAUAGGCUAGCUGCCGUCAUCACGCUCGAGCAGGGCAAGACGGUGGCUGAUGCUAAAGGUGACGUGCUCCGCGGUCUCCAAGUCGCCGAAGCGGCGUGCGCCGGGCCGGAGUACAUGAAGGGCGAGAUUCUGGAAGUCGCCCGUGAGAUGGAGACGAGAUCGUACCGCGAGCCCCUGGGUGUCGUUGCUGCCAUCUGCCCAUUCAACUUUCCUGCCAUGAUUCCACUCUGGUGCAUCCCCAUAGCUGUCAUCACUGGCAACACAGUCGUCCUAAAGCCCUCUGAGCGCGACCCUGGUGCUGCGAUGGUGCUCGCGGAGCUCGCCCAAAAGGCUGGUUUCCCCAAGGGCGUGAUCAACGUCGUUCACGGAGCGCACCAGACUGUCAACUUCCUGCUGGAUAGCCCUGACAUCAAGGCCAUCAGCUUUGUCGGCAGCAACCGCGCAGGCGAGUACAUCUUUGCCAAAGGUAGCGCAAACGGCAAGCGAGUCCAGGCCAACCUGGGCGCCAAGAACCACGCGCUGGUCAUGCCCGAUGCCGACAAGGAGUCGACCCUCGACGCCAUCAUCAGCGCCGCCUUUGGUGCUGCCGGCCAGCGUUGCAUGGCGCUAAGUGUGGUGGUCUGGGUCGGCGAGACAAAGGAGUGGCUCCAGGAGCUUGCAGAACGCAGCAAGACUGUACAAGUGAACGGUGGUUUCGAGGACGGCGCGGAUCUUGGGCCGGUCAUCACGCCACAGAGCAAGAAGCGGAUAGAAGAGCUGAUUGCGAGCGGCGAGAAGGAAGGCGCCAAGGUCCUCCUCGACGGCAGGGGAUACAAGCCUGCCAAAUUCCCCAAUGGCAACUGGGUUGGUCCCACGAUCAUCUCCGACGCCAAGCCUACAAUGGAGUGCUAUAAGGAGGAGAUCUUUGGUCCCGUUCUUGUUUGUCUGACAGUGGACACCCUCGACGAGGGCAUCGAGAUGAUCAACAACAACGACUACGGCAAUGGCACCGCCAUCUUCACCACAUCCGGCGGUGCCGCGGAGAGGUUCAGGAGGAACAUUGAGGCUGGGCAGGUCGGUAUCAACGUGCCUAUCCCUGUGCCUUUGCCCAUGUUCUCUUUUACCGGAAACAAGAAGAGUGUUGCCGGUGGCGGCGCGAGCACGUUCUAUGGCAAGCCUGGUGUCAAUUUCUACACGCAGCUCAAGACCGUCACGGCAAAGUGGUCCGGCGCGCAGGUUGCCGGCAAGAAGAACACACUGGCUAUGCCUACGCAUUCUUGA